AUGUUUCGACAAAUUAAUUUGGAACCCAAACAUAGAGAUUUUCAACGCAUUUUGUGGCGUUUUUCCCCAAACGAACCCAUUAAUGAAUAUCGUCUUAACACAGUAACUUAUGGGCUCGCUUCUUCGCCUUAUUUGGCUAAUCGCACAAUCCAAGAACUCGCCAAAAUAUACGAAAAUAGAUUCCCUUUCGCAUCGCACGUAUUGCAGAAUUUUAUUUAUGUCGAUGACGUUGUUUACGGUGCAACUAGCAUAGAAUCGGCGUUAAAAUUACAGAAAGAGUUAAUUGAACUUAUGGAACUAGGCGGGUUUCAAUUGAGAAAAUGGGCAAGCAACCACUCAGAAUUAAUUAAAUCGCAACAUCAACAUCUCAUCGAUUUUAACAAAGAAGCACCAUCUUCCGUUAAAGUUCUAGGGUUACAUUGGAAUCCGAUAGAUGAUAAUUUCUUUUAUUCUUACACAUCCCAUGAUCCGUUGGUCACUAAGAGAUAUAUUUUAUCUGAAAUUUCCAGAAUUUAUGACCCUUUAGGUUUCCUAUCGCCGUGUGUAAUGUUCGCAAAAAUUAUUAUGCAACAGUUAUGGAUCUCAAAGGUCGGGUGGGAUGAUCCUCCCUCAGAUUCUAUCGUACAAAAGUGGAAUCAAUUCAGAUCUGAGUUAUCAUACCUUUCAAAAAUAAGCAUUCCUAGGUUGUUUUUAUGUCAGGACGCACUUUAUACGGAGUUGCAUGGUUUUGCCGACGCGUCGCAAAUGGGAUAUUGCGCAGUUGUUUAUUUUAAAAUUGUCUUAUCCGAUAGUUUAACUAAGUUAUUCCUUGUUUCUGGAAAAUCUCGCGUCGCCCCGCUAAAAACUUUAUCUAUACCGCGUUUGGAACUGUGUGCUGCUGUAAUGCUGGUAGAUUUGAUUGCCAAUAUUCAGUCAAUGCUACCUAAUGUAGUUAUUAAUGAGCUACACGCUUGGUCGGAUAGUCAAACCACCCUCGCUUGGAUUAAUUCGUUACCUUACACAAAAAAGGUUUUUGUUGCAUAUCGAAUUUCGCAUAUUCAGGAAACAUUGCCAGAAGCUCGAUGGCAUUACGUUCCAACAAAAGAUAACCCCGCCGACGUGGGGUCUCGAGGUAUAACCCCAUCCCAGCUACUCGCACAUUCGUUGUGGUGGGCAGGUCCUUCUUGGCUUUCACGAUCAAGGGAGAAUUGGCCUUUGCAACCAAAUCAUUUGGAAGCAACCGCAGAGGAGGAAACGAAAUAUGUGGUCCUAAAUGCAGUCGUGGAGCAACAUUGUAUCACUUUACUUCUCCAAAAUUUCUCAUCACUUCAAAAGAUUCAAAGAAUUUUAGCUUUAACUUAUCGUUUCAUACAUUGUUUGAGGAACAAAAACUUUCAACCACCAAGAACAAUCAAUAUUAGUGAAAUAGAACACGCUUUGACGGUUAUUAUAAAACAUGCUCAGCUCGAGAGAUUUUCUGACAUUUUCCGAGCAAUUCAGCAAAACACUCCGGUUCCUAAGCCGUUUCGCAAACUUGCUGUUUUCAUUGACCAGGUUGGUUGCCUUAGGGUGGGUGGAAGAUUACGUUAUUCAAAUCUCGCAUUUGACGCAAAACAUCCGCUUUUAUUGCCAAGUAAUCAUAGGAUAACACAAUUAAUUGUAGAACAUACGCAUCAAAAAUAUUUACACCCAGGAUAUAAAACCCUUCACUUUCUAUUAUUACAAAGAUUUUGGAUUCUGUCACCACGACGUGCCAUAACUAAUUGCAUAUCUAAGUGUAUAAGAUGUUUUAGAGUCUGUCCAAGAGUUAAUGUGCCGUUUAUGUCCUAUAGAGUAUCGCAGUUGAAACCUUUUUCUGUAGUCAGUUUAGAUUAUGCGGGACCCGUUAUGAUAACUUUAGGAAAAACUCGAAAACCAAAAAUUCUAAAGGCAUACAUAUACAUUUUUGUCUGUUGUGCGGUAAAAGCUAUUCAUAUAGAGCUUGCAUCAGACCUCUCUUCAGAUUCAUUUAUCGCCGCUUUUCGCCGAUUUACAGCCCGCAGAGGCAGAUGUUCCGAAAUAUUUAGUGACCAAGGUACUAAUUUUAUUGGUGCAAAUCGUCAAUUUAUCGAACUUGCUCAACAAGCUGCAACUAAACUUAAUUUAAAUUGGAACUUUAAUCCACCUGGAGCGCCACAUUUUAACGGUCUAAGCGAGGCUGGGGUGAAUGCUGUUAAGACUCAUCUUAAGAGAGUAAUCGGUACUCAAAUAUUAACCUAUGAGGAACUAUAUACCUUUUUAACGCAAGUAGAAGCUCUUUUAAACUCUCGUCCUUUAUGCACCAUUUCACAAGAUCCUAAUGAUCUGCAGGCACUCACGCCAUCUCAUUUUCUAAAUUUGGAGCCAUUAAAUUCGGUUAUACCGGAUCCAGAUCUUUCACAUAUAAAAUUAAAUAGAUUAAAUCGAUGGCAGCUAUUGCAGAGAAUGCAUCAUGAUUUUUGGAAACGGUGGCAUUUAGAAUAUUUACAUAUGCUUCAACAGCGAAGCAAAUGGUACAAUAAAACCACUAAUAUCCUAGAGAAUGCACUUGUUCUAAUUAAAGAUGAACAAAAGACUCCAUUAUUUUGGUCUCUAGGACGGAUAAUUGAGGUGCAUCUAGGUACAGAUGGAGUGGUCCGCGUUGCCACUGUAAAAACAUCUCACGGUAUUUAUAAACGGCCAGUGGUAAAAUUGUGCCCACUGCCGAUUCAAUAA